CCAGAAUUUUAGCAGAAAUGGAAAGUUUAGAAGGAAGCAAGAAUUGGGGUUUUGAGGGGUUGGAGAGAGUGGAGUUGUGUUAUGGGAAGGCUCAGAUGUGUGAGAAUGGUGUAUUAACACUGAACCUAGGCUCUCUUGCAGAAGUUUUUACGUUUAUUGACCUUUCUUCUUGCCUUGACCUACGUCUGGUGUGCAAGAAGUUCAAUCAGAGUAUUUGUUAUGGCUGGAGUAUUAGGAUUUAUGAACUUGAAUGUUUGAUAAAAUAAAUCAAAAGAAAGCAUUGAGUCUGAAUUCGACACAUCAACUCUUGAGAAGCAUUAUCACCUUAAAAGUGAGAAUAGUAAGAUAGAAGAAAAGCUACAUGAGUGAUUGACAAAGAGUAAAGGAAGAAGUAAACUUUUCCCAGAAGUUCAAGACAUCGGAUACAUGCCCAGACCUUGUAGAGCACUAAUUGUUCCCUUCCUAACCUCACUUAUUCUCAUGGGUUGGGAGCUUCCAGAGCCUCAUAAGUACGAUUUUUCAAGUAGAAAAGAGCUCAAACAAAUAUGGUUGAAAUUCAGAGGCUUACUUAGGAACAAAAAGUUUAUCAAAAUGACAGAAUCGUUCAAAGUGUCUAAUAUCACUCAUGAUCAGCUUCGGUUAGUCAAGAAGAUAUAUUCAGUGCACACUGACUUAACAUUUGCAAUGAUCUCCAAAGAAUGUGCUGCCUCUGCCUAUCUUUUUCUCUGGUACAACCAGUUGAUGGAGUACCUCAAGUUAUCGAGAGACCUUGAGAACUUAGGAAUCAAGCAGAUUGAAGACAAGAUGGAUGAGUACGAGGGAAUUAAUAAGAAGAUGGUAGAAGUGUUUAAUAAGAUCCUCGCUAACCAAGAGUUUUAGAUGGAUCCCCACUUAA